AUGCAUUGCGCUGUCACCGGAAGCAUCCAUGCUUGCAUCCUGACUUGCCUGAAGCUGUUGCCCUUUGAUCUGUGUGGAUUUCACGAGAAGAAGGACAACCAGUUCAUGGAUCAAGGGAAAAAAGCAGGAAAGGAGGAGGUUUUGAAGGACAUGCGUGAGAAAGAUCCAAAGCAGUAUUGCAGAUUGCUGAGCCAAUACUCUGAAACGCGUUCAGGCCCAGGACGUCCUGCUGACAAUACACGGUUUGACUUUGGCAAGAUCAGCAAGAUCCAGAGGGAAGGAUUGACAGAGAAGGGUGCGCAAUCGAAAUGGUGGUCUGACUUCAAGAAUCCAGAGGCAAUGCAGCUGUAUGAUGAUGAAGAUGCUGCGCGAGCGGACCCGCGAAUUGUUGAGAUGGAAUGUCGAAUAAAGACGGUAGAGUUGGCUUCCAACGAGUCUGGGGAUCCAGAUAAGUAUGAAGAACUUGAGAAGGAACUCUGGAAGCUUGUGCAGGCUGAUCCUUACCUGUCAUCCAUUCCAGAUCUUCAGCAAGAGGAAAUCCAAACCCUUGGCCAUUUCACCUCUGUACGUGACACAUCUGAGCCCAUGGCCAUGAGAAUCACCAGAAGCUGCAAGUAUGGUGCCAAUCAGUUGCAAGCCAGCUACGUACUUUCACAGCAGAGCUUUGACAAUUGUGCGCUGGAGGAGGAGCAGAACAAAAUUCCUGCCCACAUCCUUGAUGUGAACACCCUGCAGGAUUUUCUCACCAAGAAUAGUAUCUCGGAUGCGCAAGAGACAUUGAGCAAGUUCGUGACUGCGUCUUUCUAUGCCUUUCGGAAUGGCUCGACGUCUUCUGGCAACACACCCAAUGGGCUGGGCCUUGUUCAGUACCAGAUUGAAGGCAGUCGAUUGUUUGCAAUGAUUGGUUUGGAGGAAGCCAUGGAGCAUUUGGGAUGUGACAAGGUAGAGCGAACAGAUGAGGACCAAGAGGCUCCAGCCAGUACCACAACAAAUGAAAGCCAUUUGGCGGUGGCAGUGGCCCAGCAUCAAGAGAAGCCAACGCCACCUGUUAAUGAUUUGCCUGACCCUCAGAUUCAAGUUCAUGACCAAUUGCCAAAGCCACCUGAUGCUGGCGAUGGCGAAGAUGAUGGCAAUGAUGGCGAUCACAAAGCCUUCAGGGUUACAACAAAGGGACGGCGCAUCAGAGAAGGGGUUGCCGAAGUUGCAACAUUGCCCGACGUGAUCCACAGGUGUUUUGUCUUGGCGAGCACCAGCAAACUUCCAAAUUGGCAGAGAGAGCUCAGCAACUUCAUGUAUCACGACAUCAGUGAAGAUGAGUUUUCAUCCAUGCUUGAAGAAGCUUGUGGACACAGUUUAAUCAAUGAACACAUGGCCCACAUAGAGAAAAUUCUUGGACCUGAUGCAGAGGACUGGAUUUUUGGCCAUGAAGAAGGCGACCCGCUGGAAGAUUUGAUUGCUUUCAUGGAGUGGUGUGUUGACAACGCACUUUCAAAGGACAGUGAGAAGGCUGCCCAAGUCACAGCAACAUUGUUCCCACAACCAAAGAUGCCAACACCAGCAGUGACAGUCGUCACAGAAACCACACCAGCUUUGCCACUGGCACCACCAGAAGCGGCAGCCAGCCAGGUACCAGCACCAGCAUUGGCGCCAACGGAACCCACUGCCCCAGAGCAACCAGAACCAGAAGCACCAACAGAUGCCGUUGCAUCCAUGGAGGAUGCAAAGAAGCUCAAGAAGACCCAUGGCGACCAUGGCUACGCAAACAUCCUGGCAAGCUUCCAAUCUCAGAUUCAUGAUACUUCUUUGGAUUCCAAGUCCACUUGCGCUUCCAUGCAUGAUGGGCUUGACCUCGAUGAGCUUGCGAAGCAGGACAGGCCUUGUGAGUUGCCUGUGGAAGCCUUUUCUGACUGCCAAAUUCAAUGGCGGGAAGAUGCUACAUAUGUGGUCAACCCUCAAGCCCCACCUGUUAAGCAGGAUUUGGUACUCACGAAAGACGAGCUGCAGAAGCUUCAGUGUGUGCUGGUGGAGCGCGACAAUUCCUUCACAGUGAGAGAGCGUUGGGAAGGUCGCGAGGUAAAGCCACAUGAAGUCGUCUACCGGAAUGCGCAGGAGGCCUUUGGACAUGCCUGGAGUGCACAGCGAGAGAAGCAAAGAUAUGCCAGAUAUUCCAAAAUGCUUCUCAGAUUGGGGAAGCUCCGCAGUACCUUUCUUGCAGAGUAG